AAAGAAUCUCUUAGAUGAUCUACCUUCAUCUCUCUCCUCUUGCUCCAGUUUACGUUCUCUCAUUAUAUCAUUCAAUCGUUUCUCCUCACUACCAGAUGUGAUUUAUGACUGCCCUAGUCUUGAGACAUUACUGGCCAGUGACAAUCAAAUAUCAUUCCUAAAUGUUGAUGGGUUUUUAAAGAUGAGGUCUUUAAUGACGCUUGAUGUUAGCAACAAUGACAUAUCACAGGUACCACCCCAACUGGGACUGGUUCAAUGGCUGAAGCACUUGGAGUUGGGAGGUAAUUCAUUUCGUAAUCCAAGACCAGCUGUACUGGCAAAAGGUACUGCUAGUUUACUGGAGUAUCUCAGAGACAGGAUACCUACUUAGUAAUAGUACAGGUACAUGUACAUGCAUAUACUGUGGAGUGUGGACCUGUUGAACUAAAACUCUUGAGUGUAACUGGUACAAAUACAUGUAAUUUAGUGUUUUACUUUAUAAAUUUUAAAUGG